UGUCGUUAUUUAUUUGAAUUUCUUAAUUUAUAUUUGUUAAUUGUUAUCGAAGUUAAUUAAGAAUGGAACUGCAGGAGGAUAUUGUGAAAUGGGCAGAGAAGAUGGGAUACCAGAACAGAAUGCCAGAUAAUCUUAAAAAUAUUUGUAAUGCUUCAACAGUGGGCAUUUGGGCCCAGAUCAUUGAAAGGGUAAGGCCUCAACAAGAGAUCGAACAUGUCAGGAAGAAUUUGGUGAUACAUGCUUUAAAAAGUGAUGGGAAUCGAAAGAGAUCAAAAGUGAGAUUAGAUUUUCCUAUACAGGAAGUUGAUGUGUAUUUUAAGAAACAAGAACUCGAGAAGGAGCUUGUUAAAAAGCAGCUGGAGUUUCAGGAAAGAGAGAGGAGUUUGGAGAAAUUGGUUCAGCAACAUAAAUUAUUAUAUUUGAAGUUUGAAAGUGUGGAGAAAACAGUGGAGGAGAGUAAUCAAAAACGAUUUUUGUAUGAAAACAGAGUUGAAGUUUUGGAGAAGAAAAUUGAAGGUAUUGAGAAUAAGUUGAUACAGUGGCGUAAUUUAACACCUGUUGAGGGUGAAAUAGUUUCAAAUCCAGAUGUCACUGAAGAUUUAAAGCAAUGUUGUUUAAAGUUGGAACAGUUAACUAAUAAGAAUGCAAUAGUCGAUUUACCAAUUUGCGCUUUUGAUACACCGAAAUCUGCUAAGAAAUUCAGUAGUUUUUUAUACCCGAGAUCAGCAUCGAAGGCGUUCAAUUUGGAUGAGGAAUUGAAUAACCGCACUCUAGUUGAAACCCAAUUGGAAAAGGAUUUGGAAAUUGUUAAGAGAGAAAAGUCUAUAGUUGAAUGCACGGAAAACGUACUUUGCAAUUACAACAGGAAACUGAUUUGGAACACCUUAAGAGGAUUGCAGGACGAUCUUAGAUUUGAUCUGAAAAAGUUCGUGGAUUCAUCAGAAAAUCAGCACAGCAGUGAUUUUAGAGCAAACAACACGAAGCAAAGCAAAAUGCCCGAAAUGCAUACAAUACACAUUAAAAAAGAGUUUGCUGCAAUGAAAUGCUCGUUCAACGCUCAAAUUUUGAGAAGGAAGAUCCAUAAAAAGAUGGAGGAAAUAUUUUGUUCUUUGAAGAGCGAAACUGUAAAUGAAGCUGUGAUGGAUGAAGUGAAAACUUCGAUUUCUUUGAAAAUGGAAGAGGUAAGUCUGAAUAAUACGUUGGCUUCGCUGAACGCUUCUCUCGUCGAAUUGAGAGCGGUGAUGAAUAACGAGAAUGAUUUGAUUUUCGUGCAAGAGAACAUCCACAAGUUGCACAGCGUUUUGGAAGUUAAUGUGAACAAAGUGAUUUAUAAAUUGAGGCUAUUCGAUUAUCUGAAGAGAGCUAUGGAUCGCUGCAAAAUGGAUACGUAUCUUCAAGUGAAAAAGUUAAUCAGAUACACGGAAAACUUUGGGUGGAUGGAACCACUCGGAGAAGAAGCUAUAAUGGAUGAAAUAAAAGCCUUCAGCUCGUUCCCGUUAAAUCACAAUAAGCAAUUUAAGUUUACCCAAAAAUCAGGAAAUCCUGUUUAUUAUCGAAACAAAUCCAAUCGCUUGGCUUUCGAUGAAGAUUUAGAUGCGAAUUCGGCUUCGAUGAUUGUUGCGAUUUUGGAUAAUCCCGCUUUCAUUCCAGAAGUUAUUCUUUUAGGUUUUCUUAAAAUUAAAAAGAAGAUGGAAGCUGUCGACAAAUUCCAUAAAAUCAACGUGGAUUGUGCACAUUCUAAUUACACGUUCGAGCAAUUGCAGAAACAGGAGAGUUACAUCGAUUACGCAAUUGAUAAAUUCUGGUAUUUGGUUGGGCCGUGCGAUAGGAAAAAGAGCCUCAGCGUUGCUAAAAUGGAAGAACUGAUGAAGCUGUGGACGGAGAUGCCUGUAAAAGACUUUCUGUCUGAUAAGAAACUGUUCAACGGUGAAAAUUAUAAAUAUUACGAAGCAAUGUACGAUAGUUUUUAUAAUCAAUUAUAAUACAGUUUAUCACUUGUAAUUUACGACUU